AGACCACCCUCCCGGCCUGGGUCUCUGCUCGGUGUCCGGCGGGGCACAGAUCUCCCACGGGCGGGCCCUGCAGCGCUGCCACUUUCCCGCCGAGCAUGGGGCUGCCUCGGAGGGCAAGGGACCCGGCAGAGCUGCGCAAGAGACUGAAGCCGCUUCUGGAGAAGCGCCGCCGCGCGCACAUCAACGCGAGCCUGAGCCAGCUCAAGGGGCUCAUCCUGCCGCUCCUGGGCAGGGAGAGCUCUCGCUACUCAAAGCUGGAGAAGGCGGACAUCCUGGAAAUGACCGUGCGCUUCCUGCAGGAGCUGCCUGCGUCCUCCUGCCCGAUGGCAGCGCCAACGCCCUGCGAUAGCUACCGAGAGGGCUACCAAGCCUGCCUGGCGCGCCUGGCACGCGUGCUACUCGCCUGCCGCGUCCUGGAGCCCGCCGUGAGCACUCGCCUGCUGGAGCACCUGCGCCAGAGGGCGGCAGCAGCCACCCCCGACGGCGUUUCCGCGGGGGACUCUUGCGGCCCGCCCGCGCUCUCUUCUCCUCCCGCGCCCGCGCGCUCCCCGCCUCCCGCGCCCGCGCCUGCACCCUUACCGCCUGCGCCUCCCUGCGGCUCUGGCCUCUGGCGGCCCUGGUAG